AUGGAUCCUAAUAAAAAACAAGAAUGUCGAUUUGGUGCACCAUUUAUGCCUACAAAAAAAACUAUUAAUUUGAUACCUAUGAAAAACACUGAUCCCGAUUACUCAGAAGCACUUUUCAAAGAAUAUAAGGAACGAUCUAAAUUUAUAAAAAAUAAUCUCGAAAAUAUUGACUACACGGAUUUUGAUGAAUUUUACUCUCAUAAUGGUAUUAUUUCUGAUGAUCAUUACUACAAUAUUAUUCGUGCUGGUAUCAGUAGACCAAAAUUAUUCUAUAAAAGGACACCAGCAGAAAAAUGGCACAACACUUUCAAUCCAUUCGUAUUACAUAAUUUGAAAUCCAACAUGGAUUUUCAGAUUAUACUAGAUGAAUAUACUUGUGCAACAUAUGUUGUUGAAUAUGUCAAUAAGCAUAAUAGAGGGAUUAGUAAUUUGCAAAGACAAAUAAUUGACAUAAUGGACGAGCAUCCAGAAUUCGACAUUGUCGAUAUCACGAAAAAAAAUGAGUAUUGA